CAUAGCGAAGCAAGGCUGAACUAAAGAAAUAAAUAACUAGAAUAUAUAGACUAUAGAAAAUUUGAAACUUUUACAUUAGGAGCAACAAUUGUGCAAAAAGUAUUUAACAACUUGUCAAAAACUACAAUUCGAAAAUUUAAAGAAAACUGUAAGGUUGAAAGACCCAAAGCAUGGAGUUAAACGCUUAUGGCAUGAACAAGCAAACUUUUGAAGAAGAUAAAGAAUUAUGUUAUUUGGUGAAGCAGCACCCGCAGCUAUACGACAAGGGACACAAGUAUUAUGGUCAGAAAAAUGCAAUAGAUAAGGCAUGGCGCACAAUUGCCGACUCGUUAGGGAAGUCAGUGCCUGCAUGCAAGGCUCGUUGGGAAAUACUGUGUGACUAUAUCGCCUAUAUACGUGCCAUUAACCCCGAUGAAGAACAGCAUGAGGACGAUGAGGAUGAUGAGGACGAUGAAGAUUACAUUGAUAAUCUACUGUGCCACAUUGAAGAUAUGACUCAACAAGAACCGUCAAAUCACAUUAGCAUUUUUCAAGUUAUACAUAAAAUCACCGAGAUGAAAAUUUGUGCUAACGAGGAUUGCAUCCAAAAUGGAAUAGAGUAUCUAGCUGACAAAAUAGACGAACAAGAAUUCCAUGCUUUACAGCAAAUCAUGCAGAAAAAACAAUAAAAAUGAUUACUGAGCAUGACCACAACCCAAUUGAAGCUGGUAAACGACGAAGUUAGAAUUAAGUAGAUAUAUUUCAAUAAAGCUAAACAAUAUAAGCU